AUGAGACUGGCACUUCAGGGAUGGGUCCAGGAGGUGCAGGUGCAGGUCCUGCAUCAGAUCUGGGUCCGGCGGACUGCGAUCUAUCGGCGCUGCUGGCUGGUGUUUAAGAAGUCGUCCAGUAAAGGACCUCGUAGACUGGAAAAAUACCCUGAUGAGAAAUCAGCCUACAUCAGAGCCUGUCCUAAGGUGACAGAGAUUAGUAAUGUGAAGAACAUCACAAGAUUGCCUCGUGACACGAAGCGGCAAGCUGUGGCCAUCGUCUUUACAGACGACACCUCUCGAACCUUCACCUGUGAAUCAGAGCUGGAGGCUGAAGAGUGGUUUAAAACCUUGUCUAUUGAGUGCCUGGGGACACGUCUUAAUGACAUCAGUCUUGGAGAACCAGACCUCCUUGCUGCUGGAGUUCAGUGUGAACACACAGAGCGCUUCAACGUGUUCCUGUUACCCUGCCCUAAUCUUGACAUCUACGGAGAGUGUAUGAUGCAGAUCACGCAUGAAAACAUCUACCUGUGGGAUAUUCACAACCCUCGCACCAAGCUAGUAACCUGGCCGCUUUGCUCUCUGCGGCGCUACGGACGGGAUGCUACACGCUUCACCUUCGAGGCUGGCAGGAUGUGUGACAGCGGGGAGGGCCUGUACACUUUCCAGACACGAGAAGGAGAGCAAAUCUACCAAAGGGUUCAUUCUUCUACUCUAGCUAUAGCUGAGCAGCAUAAGAGGGUCCUUAUGGAAAUGGAAAAAAACAGCAAGCUUUUAUCUAAGGGUUCAGAGGGGACAUCCUACCCCUGCACACCGACAGCAAUCUUACCACGAAGUGCUUUCUGGCACCACAUCACCGGAUCUCAGGCUGGGGUGGACUCUGCCAACGGUGACAUCUAUGGUGAUACCCAACAAGGAGGGGACACUGACCUCUUCUCUAAACGCCUUCCUCCAGAACGACACUCGACCCUUCCUGUGGGGCACGGCUGCCCCCAACCCCCGACGCACUACCCCACGUACCCCAGCGAGUGAGCGGCUUAGCAGUGAAACCUUCCAGUUUUUCACCUCUUGGUCUCCCUCCACACUGCACUCUGCCCUAAGUUUUUCCAUCAGCUCUUUCUCAGCAGGGGAAGAUCCAUGCUGCCAUGCUGCCUCAGUUCCCCCUGAGCCUGCCAGCAACGCUGAGGGCACUUAUUGUGGAAAGAGGGAAACGCACUGUGAAGCUUGAAGCGCUUCGAUUGGAGCAGGGCCCACAGCAGACCCUCAAAACUGACACGAGAGAUGCGAAACAAUGUUGGAACUGGCUCAGUCGCCUUCACAGUGCAAUAUGGUCACUCAUGCUGGGUUUCUGUGGGAGUAGAGACUAUACUGUAGGUUCUUAAUACUUCUCAGUAGUAUCUCUUAUUCUAAAUCUAAUCUCAUGCACGCUCUUCAACCCUAUGCAUGUCCCCCAAGGUAAACGGCUUAGCUAUGAAAGGAGUUUCUUAGACAUCUGUAGAAGCCCCUGCACACUAAGAAACCCCAGUGGAGGGGCUUUCAGAGUUUCAGCUUCUGGGCUUUGGUAUAAGUAAUCGAAAGCGUGUUUUGAUCAGAUGCUUUAAUCAUAAUUUGAUUGGCAUGUCUGUAAGACUUCCCAAGCGCAGAAGACUCUGAGAAACCGGGAGCACUUUCUGAAAGGGUUCAUUUUGUAUGGUCGUGCAUUUUGUUUCUCCUCUUCCCUUACUUUAAAGUGACUAAAAUGGACGGUCAUAAUGUACAAAACUGUCUCUGCCAUUUGGACUGAAGUGAGAGUUAGUACUCACUCGCUUGUGUGCUUUGUGGGGGGUUUUUUUGUUUUGUUUUUUUCAGAGACUGGUCCACUGUUUUAUCUGGAAGUUUUCGUGAGGGUCAGAGAUCCAUGUACAGAGGGAAACAAAGGUUAUGAAUAUACUCCCCAGAGGUGUUCGAAUGAAUUAUUUAUUUAUUUAUUGAAGUUUACCAACAAAGCACAAGACAAAUUACAGUGUAUACUAGUAGGUUUUCUUUAGCAGCUCAGCAGUUCUUCUCAGAGAUCUUCAACACAAGGUGGUAGGCCUCACACAAGACAUGUUUCAUGCUUUCCAUGCUUGUCAAGUAUUUCCAGUCAUUUCCAUGAAAUUCAUGAAAGGGUGCCAUAAUUCUCAUGCUGUAAUUCUCAAUUUAAGUCCCUCUAUGUUGGAGCUGUGGAUUAUCAGUUUGCACACAUUCAUAAUGAACUGGGUUGCUAAUGCAGACAACUGGUGUUUGAUCAAGCUGAUCGACCAGCAUGGUAAAGCUGGUUUACCAAGUCUUGCUGUUGUUUAAGCAGCGUGGUGGGAACACCUGCAUUCCCUGUGCUUUAUCAACUAUCCAUAAAGGCCAAAAACUAAAUAAACGCAUCCAAACGUACAGCUCAAAACAGAAGAUGUGCAGUCUCUGUGAAUGAUCUGAUCGACACAGAAUUAUUUUGGUUGUGUUCUCCAAUUGAGCUACAGUCCUGAAGGUUUGACUCCCUGUUAUUUUAUACAUUUUAUACAUAAAUAGUCAUUCAGUGUUGGAUUUAUUAACUCGUACUCGUCUGUACCAUCGAACAGCGCUUUACCUGAUCUGAUUGUACACUUUGAUGACAAAAAGAAAGUGGAUUUUAUCAGGUGCUGUUGCAAACAGUUUAAAAAAA